CACACAUUCAGUCAAACGGUGGGGAAACACACUUCAGCAGUCCCGCUCCUGUCUGCUUUUCCCAUUUCACAGGAAAUACCAUUAGGAUUAAAUCUUGACGUUCUGCUUAAACUCCACAAGUUUCAACUGAAUGUGAGACCGCUUCACCAUUAUUAUUGGAGCUUUGACCCUUUUAAUGGGAAUGGAUCUCCAUCUACUCCAUCCAUAGCAUCGAUAGUGCGGUAAGCCAUGGCUGACCCACCACCUCCACCUGCACCACCUCCUCCUCCACCUCCUCCUCCUCCUCCACCACCACCUCCUCCACCACCACCACCAAAUGCAGAUGGGAAGUUGAUCUCCCGUCUAUCCAGAGUGGGUUCCAAGAUGAGGAACUUCAACUGGGAGGCCAUACCUCAACACACGGUGCUGGGCAAACACAACAUCUGGACAGCAGAGAAUAAGAAGAAGGAAUACGAGCUUGACACGCAGCACAUGGAGGAACUGUUCAGCCGCAAUGACCAGACUGAUGCUCAGGUUCAGGCAUCCAAGCGAAGAAGUAUAAGAGGCAAUCCAAUCAACACCCAAGGACCUGAAAUGGUGUCAAUUCUUGGCUCCAAGAAGAACAUGAACAUCAGCAUUUUCCUUAAGCAGUUCAAACGCUCAAUAAAGGAACUCAUUGAGGACAUCCACAAUGGAAAGAGUGGAAUUUUAGGUUCUGGAAAGCUACGGGAGCUUUUGAAACUACUGCCUGAGUCUGGAGAGGUGAAGAAGCUUCUCGCUUUUAAAGGAGAUUAUUCAUCACUUUCUGAAGCUGAUCAGUUCAUGGUUCAACUUGUUCAUCUUCCAAGCUAUGAGGAGAGACUGAAAUGUUUAGUUCUCAAAGAGGAAUUUCCACAAUUUAUGGAGGAGGUGAAUCAUUCCAUUACCACCAUGACUGCUGCUGGGAACGAGCUCUUGGAUUGUGUUGACCUUCAUUCCGUCAUCCGCCUGGUGCUGAAGACCGGGAACUACAUGAACGCUGGUGGCUACGCUGGCAGUGCCGUGGGCUUCCGCAUGACCUCUCUGCUGAAACUUGCUGACACCAAAGCCAACAAACCAGGAAUGAACCUAAUGCACUAUGUCGUGAUGCAAGCUCAGAAGAGUGAAGCUGCUCUGCUGAAAUUUCCAGAACAACUCGUGCACAUCGGUGAUGCCGCAAGGAUCCACAAACAGGAAGUUGAAUCAGAUUUCCAAAAAAAAGUGAACGAAGUCCAGGAGGUGAAGAAGGGUACUGAUAAACAAGCUGACCUGGCCAAACAGAUGCAAGAUUUCUUUUUGCAUGCUGAGUCCAGGAUCACUGAAACACAGGCCUCCUUCCAGAUGCUGAACAAAGUCACAGACUCCGUGGCUGAAUAUUUUUGUGAGGAACCAAGUGAGUUUAAACUAGACGAGUGCUGCUCCAUCUUCCAUUCCUUUUGUGAAAGGUUCACACGAGCUUUUCAGGAAAACAUAGACCGUGAGAUGGCCGAGGUUAAACGGAAACAAAAGGAGCGACUGCAGUCUUCUGCCAAACGCCGCUCCACAGCCACCUGCUCAUCGCGAGACAGAAACAUGGAGGGUAUAGCACUAGAAUCGGUUCUCCAGCAGUUCCUGAAUGUACCCGAGCCUCACAGGAGAGCAAGAACCCCCUCGCCAAUCAGUGCUAGACUGAGGUAUGAGAACUCACUUCAGAAGAACCAGCCAAACAAAGACUCCAAAAGGCAGAACUGGUCUCUGAACAAGUCCCAGAUUUCAUUCGGUAAGGAGAUCUCUGACGAUAAAAAGCCAGAAAAGAAAAGUUUGAUGUGGAAAAAAUCUGCGGAUCGUGCAUCUCUAGCAAGUCAGGAUGAGGAAAUUCCAACUGAGAAAGAGGUGCAGAAAAUGAGGGAAGUGUCCCAAAGAGUGAUGCGCUACCAGAAUAGCCGUGGGAGUGUGUCUUCUGGAGAAUUUAUUUCCCCGGUCACGUCUCCACAAAGAUGUUUCUUUCCUGAUGAUAGAGAAAAACUGAUGUCUGUUACAAAUGCAGAGGAUGCAACCAAGCCCAUAAAAAGCCCACUGAUUCCAGAUUUGACUCCAAAGAGCCCUGGCUAUCUCGGGCGCCGGCACACAAUCUCACUUCCUACGGUGGAUUUGAGCAGAACCGAUUCUGACGAGGAUAAAUUUGUUCCCGGUGAGCCCGAAAACGAAAGCCCUGGAAAUCAGAUUCCGUCUCUUGGGAAUAUCGGUAGGAUCAAAUCAGUGGACACCUACAUGUUAUCUCCAAGUGAUAGUGUAGGCAGUAAAGUGCCAUCCAGCACUCCAGAGGGCAAAUCUGAGAAUGUGAGCGCAGCAGAAGAACGGCAAGAGCUGUCUGACAAGAGCCUGUCUAGCUCCCAGCAAAAUUCUUCAGUCAGUGGACAGAACAACAACACCAAGAUGUCCUCAAGAUUCAUAUCUUUUUUCAAACGUUUGGGUGAACUCAGCAAAACAAGCAAUAGAGAACCUGACUCCAGUAGUGUGGACACCUAACAAACAUCUCACAGACAGUGGGUCAGGUGGUUGGUUGGGGUGAAACAGACAGCAGACAUGCAGACAGACAUGCAGACAGACAGACAGACAGACAGUCGGACAGAUAGAUAGAUAGAUGGACAGACGGACAGACAGACAGACUUCUCAAAUCGCUCAUGAUCCGCGAAGCAGCGAUGAAUAAAUGCAUUCAUCGAAUGUUCUAAUACUCUGAAUUGCAGAGAUAUGAGAUAUUUCUCUAAGCUUCAAUACAACCUAUGUUCCUUUAGGGUGCGCUGUCUUCCGUCAGGUUUUUCCUCACAUGCUUGUGUGUGUUCUGUCUAAGUUAAAAUAACCCAUGUGGAAAAAUCCUAAGAGUAUUUUUUUUCCUCCAGAAACUGAUACUGUUCUUUGCUUUACUGAUUUGAGCAAACUUUUCUCAAACACCUUUCCUUAUUACUUGAUACUUGUGGGGGUCAUUUUAAGGUGAAACGUGAAAAAUGUGUGACAAUCUGAACCAGGACAUGAUGUUCAAGACGUUAUGUGAAAUGUUAACUGUGCAUACACACGGAUUUGGAUUCCCGACCACGGCGAAGACUCCGUGUCUAUUUUGGAACAUUUCCAUCAGUAUUGUUUAUACUGAUGAAUAAACAACUGGAAAUAAAUUAAACACUAGUAUUGGUGUAAAAUCUGAAGUAAUUUUACUGGUUAAAUAUUUCAAAUAGGUUCUAUAAUAUAUCAAUAGGAUGCUGCAGAUUAUGUUGUGUGUGAAGACCGGAAGCAAGGUUGUUUUCUUUACCUGUUUAAUAUUUAAAUAUACGUCAACGUCGCACUCGGAUCUUAUGCUCUUAUGUUUUACUCUAGUAUUAUACAGGCAAUCUGGACUAACCCCAAUGUCCGAUAUUUGUCAUGUGCAUGUCUUUCUAUUCAUACAAAUGUAUAUAAAAUAGGAUUCGGUUGACUUCAUCCAUCCGGAUAAGCAUUAUGGAUAUUUAUUUCUAAAAUAUUUUCUUUUUC